AUGGAUCAACCUCACGGAGAUAUAACGCUUGCCCAGCUAUACAGAGUUUUAGAAAGAGCUUCUCGUCAACCUCAACCAUUAAGAACAUACUUGGGCCUUCAAUGGAUCCUUUUCAUACCCUUGCCGCUCAUCAAAAUAAGACAAUUCUGGCAUGAUUAUCUGUUGAGAGAAUACCUCGUGACAUUUACAGCAUUGGUUCUAACUGCUUUACAACGAGCUUUCAGAGUUAUGGUGUUCAUCAUGGGAGCUUCCUUCUAUCUCCAUCGAGUGUUGGAGAGGUUCUUCAUGUUUGGUAAUGAAUUAACUUUCUCCAGAAACUUCUUCAAGGAAGUAAUAACCUUCAUCCUCCGAGAUAACCGUGCAUUGUUCGAAAGAUUGGAAAACGUUAAGGUCAAAGGGGAUGUUGUAUCCACAGAGAGUGAUUCGACUCUCACGAACUUUGUUUCUACCAUUUUAAAUUUACUAGUGAUGAACUUAAAUUAUAUUUGUAUUUCUGUUCCGGGGAAAACCAAGUGUUCGGCCGAUGAUCAUUCUUUGAUAUAUAAGUUUCAUGAAGUCAUUGGCCAUGGGGAUACUAUCACAAUCACAGUUUACUUACUUUAUGCCUUGAUAGGGAACUUGAUCUGUUUGAAUAUUCUUUAUUUAUAUUCAGUCUCUAUGCUAGGUCUGUUGAAGAAGUAUGGUCAAUACUCCAAGAAGCUUUUGGUGCUUGUUUGGGGGUCAUUCAAGCAACUUAUUUAA